CGGAGGCGUUGGGAGGCGUGGCCUGGCGUCUGCGGCGCAUGCGCAGUGCGUGCAGCGAAGCCGCCGGGGGUGGGGCUUUGGGCGGGAGGGAGGGAGGAACAAAGAUGGCGGCGGGGGCUGCGGGAGUUGUUGCCAUGGCGGCCCGCGGGAGGGCCCCCGCCGACGGGACCCUCCGCCCGGCCGCUGCCCGCGGGGGGCUGUGAGCGGGGAAGGCGGCGGCGGCGGUGGCAGAGGGCUCCGCUCCCCACCAUGCCCCAGGCCUCGGAGCACCGCGGCGGCCGCGCCCGGGACCACGCCGUUAUCACCUCGCAGCCCAAAGCCGCCGCCGCCACCACCACCACCACCGCCAAGCUACCGAGCGGGCACCGGGCGCUGAGCCAGGAGCGCCGCGCCGCUGCCAUGGCCUCCGCCAACGGCCUCUCCCCGGCACCCAAGCUCCGGCUCCUGCCACCGCGGCCGGGGCCUUUGGAUGAACGCAGCAAGAAGCUGGAGCUGGAGCGGGGCCGGGCCUCGAAGCGCGGGGAUGCGGCACGCGGCGCCACGUGCCGGCGCGGUCCGGUCAAGGCCGACCACGGCGUGCGGGUCCCCGGCUCCCCGCAGGCAGUGCCGGGCAGCGCCUCCUUCUCCCUACCCAGCGGAGCCGAGCGCCGGAGGAGCAACCUGGCCCGUUCCAAAUCCAUCAGCAUCGGUGACUUGAGCCAAGGCGGUGGCGGCGGCCGCGCCGAGGACGUGGCGGCGGUGCUGAGCCGGCUGGUGCUGAGGGACUGCGGGCACCAGCUGAGUGCCGGAGCGCUGGCACUGCGUAGGAGCUCGUCGCUGCGCAGGGUCAAUGUGGCCCCGGGGCUGGACGGGAAGCCCGGGGUCCCCCUGCUCUCGGUGCGGCCUGAGGGCUGCCCCCGGACUCGCGCUGUGCCCGACCCCACGUACCCCAUCCCGGUGCCCGGCAGCCCCGCGCUGGGCAGAGCCCCCCUGCCCGCCCGGCCUGAGGAGAAGGCAGCACCCCAUCACACACUGCUGCUGGGCUCCGGCCACGUCGGCCUCAGGAACCUGGGUAACACGUGCUUCAUGAACGCGGUGCUGCAGUGCCUGAGCAGCACCAAACCCCUGCGGGAUUAUUGCCUGCGCCGGGACUUCCAGCAGGAGCAGCCCCGCGGCCCCCAGGAGCUCACUGAAGCCUUCGCCGAUGUCAUCGCCGCGCUCUGGCAUCCGGAUGCGGCCGAAGCCGUCAACCCCGGGCGCUUCAAGGCCGUCUUCCAGAAGUACGUCCCCUCUUUCACUGGGUACAGCCAACAGGAUGCACAGGAGUUCCUCAAGUUCUUCAUGGACCGGCUCCACGUGGAGAUCAACCGCAAAGGCCGCCGGACCCCCAGCAUCCUCUCGGACACGCGGCGGCCCCCCACACUGGAGGACCCCGAGGGGCUGAGCGACGACGAACGCGCCAACGUGAUGUGGAAGCGGUACCUGGAGAGGGAGGACAGCAAAAUCGUGGACCUCUUUGUGGGACAACUGAAGAGCUGCCUCAAGUGCCAGGCGUGCGGUUACCGCUCCACCACCUUCGAGGUCUUCUGUGAUCUCUCCCUUCCCAUCCCAAAGAAAAGCUUUGCCGGGGGCCGGGUCUCGCUCCACGACUGCUUCAGCCUCUUCACCAAGGAGGAAGAGCUCGACUCAGAGAACGCCCCGGUCUGUGACAAGUGCCGGCAGCGGACACGGAGCACCAAGAAGUUGACGAUCCAGCGCUUCCCUCGCAUCCUGGUGCUCCACCUGAACCGGUUCUCCACCACCCGCUACUCCAUCAAGAAAUGCUCCGUCUUCGUGGACUUCCCCCUGCAGCAGCUCAACCUGCGGGAGUUCGCCAGCGAGAAGGCGGGCACCCCCAUCUACACCCUCUACGCCCUCUGCAACCACUCGGGCAGUGUUCACUAUGGCCACUACACGGCGCUGUGCCGGGACCCGGCCGGCUGGCGCGUCUACAAUGACUCCCGGGUCUCGCCCAUCAGCGAGAACCAGGUCCCAUCCAGCGAGGGCUACGUCCUCUUCUAUGAGCUGGAGGAGCCGCUCGCCCGCCGGCCUUGACCCCCCCCCGGAGCACCCAAAGUGGGGGCUCCCCCCCCCAGCCCCCCCCAAGGACCCCGAUGGGGAGGGGGAGGGGCGGCCGCGGCCCCCCCCGGGCUUUUGUCAAUAAAUUUAUUAAGAAAAACA